UCCCCUUUCGUCCUUCUUCCCGUUGAGCCGCUCGGUUUCGUUGAACUGCUACACCUGCUCGCCGUUUCUCGUCUUUAUCCUCCCACAACAUGGAUGAUUUUGACAUGCUGAAUGCGCCCGCCGCUGGAAACGGCGUGGGCUCGGAAGAGGACCCCGCUGCCGCUUUUUUGGCCCAGCAGGAGAGCGAAAUAGCGGGCAUUGAAAACGACGAAGGCUUCAGCAUCCUGGACAGCGGAGAGGUCCCCUCGUCGCUGGGAGACUCCAACGAUGGCACCGUCAAUGGAGAACUUCAUGGGGAAAGCAACGGUCCAUCAGAUGCCUAUGCAGCAAUUUCCAAUGCAGACCGACUGCAGGCUGAACCUGAAAGUCUACGCAAGUGGAGAGAAGAACAAAGGGAGAGACUGGAAUUGCUAGAUGCCAACUCUCGUACGCAGGAAUCGGAGUGGAAAGAGAAGGCCAAAGUGGAGCUGGAGGAGUGGCAUGCCAGGCAGAAUGAGCAGCUGGAGAAAACCAAAACCAAUAACAGGGUGCUGGAUGAAGACUUCUACAAGCAGCCCUUCUCUGAGCUCAUUGGUUAUGUCACACACAUUAACCAUCCUUGCUACCGCCUAGACCAGGCGGCUGAGGAAGCCAUGAUUUCAGACCUGGAUGAGAACAACCCCGGCACCGAGUGGGAGCGGGUGGCUCGGCUCUGCGACUUCAACCCCAAGUCCAGCAAGCAGGCCAAAGAUGUGUCCCGCAUGCGCUCCGUCCUCAUCUCCCUCAAGCAGUCCCCGCUAGUUCGCUAGACAUGCAAGGCUGUUCAGGGCAUCAUUCCAUAUCAUCCCUUUUCCACCACACACCAACCAACCCCAACUACCGAUGUCCCACCAUUUGUCUUCAGACGACAAGGGCUCACAACCCUUCAUAUCCACAUUUUUAUGCCAUGCACAGCCCUGUUUUUUUCCCCACAGUGGAAGGAUAUAACCAGUGAUCCCACCCCAAUCUGUCUCCUCCUGGCAGGGCUUUAGAGAUUAUCCUUGAUCUACCUGCUCACCAUUUUCAAGGUUUUUACCGGUGUACACCUCUUUCACAGACCAAUUCAGAUCUUAGAACAUAUUGCCUUUGCUGUUAAACAAAUUGAGAUUAAAGCCAGUUAGAUCCAUACGAGGUCUCAUGGUCUAUGGUCUUGUGUAACACUGAUGUAAGGGUGGUGAGUCGGGACACUAAAAUGGAAGGGUUGAUGUUUGUUUGGACCUACAGCUACACUACAACCUGCUUCACACGGCCCCCAAACAAUAUCAUUCCCAUGAUGCUGUGCUGUAACUCUUAACCUGUCAAUCUUAGGAAUCCUUCUUUGACUGUUGAGGGUUGAUAUUAAGUGGUUUUAUUCAUCUCUUGCCCUUCAACGCAUUGCCUCAUGUUUUCCCAUCCUUACGAAAAAAAAAUAUCUUCAGAAUUUUUCUUUGUUGUUUUUUUUUUAAGGACCAAACUCUAAGACAAACUCCAAAUUCAGUGUGUGUACUUUGAACUGUGUGUGUAGAGCCUGCUUGUGGCAUAUUGUGUUGAAUUUUCCAAUCUAUGCAUUUUGUUUUGAAAAGCCUCUUCCCUCUCCAGUCAGGAAUUGAACGAAGUCCAGUCAUUACAAUACAUGUGACCUGUUUGUAUGUGUGUUUCAACCUCAACAGUGUGUAUGUACUCUAUGCGUGUACCUAUGUACAUAUACAGAAGGCAAUAUAUAUACAGUAUAUAAAACAUUUGUCACUGAAAUUAGACAUUUGCGGUUUUAAAGAGAACUAGAUCCUAGUCAGCUGUUGCUUGACCAUGUGUGUUCAUUGUCCAUUUGAUUUCAAUAUCAGUAAAAAGUAAAUGGAA